CGGUGGAUAUCCUGCACCUCCUUGGGGAGGGAAUUGUUGCGGGGGCGCUCCAUAUGGAGAGUGGGAUGGAGGCGGCGGGUGGUAUCCGGGGCUUGCCGGGGGGUGUCCGUGCGGAGGAUAGCCUGGCUGGCCUGGAGGUGCUAGUGGAGGUCGAUCAUAUUGGCCGGGAUGCGCAGGAGGUGGUCGAUUAUAUUGACCUGGAGGAGGGGGCCCGCCGUAGCCUGGGUGCGGCUGUUGAGCAUACGGAGUGUGAGGAUGGCCCGGAGGGGCACCGUAAGGAUACGGAGGUUCUAUUUAGGCAAAAUCAAGUCAGUCCGUCGGUGCCACGGGAGGAACUAUAGUAGUGAUGAUAAGGGGAACAUACGAUUCGGCGGGGGGUAAGGUUGAUUGUACGACAUGAUCAAGUAGUAUGAAUGAGUCUGGC